CGCUAUGAAUGUUCCGCCGCUCCUCUUCUUGCAGCUGCCGAGAUUUUAACUACUCCCCGCAGUGAAUACAGACGAGACGAGGAGGCGACCGUUGUUGCGUCGAGACGAGCCGUCGACAACCCCCACCCGCACGCGAGGCCGCCGCGCCUCGGUGACCUCGGCGCGCGGAUCGAGCCCCUGCCGGCGAUCGCUAGCUCCUCCCCCGGCCUCCCGGCCCAAGGUGGGCGGGCGGGCGGGCGGAUCCGCGGUUUGCUUUGCUUUCCUUUGGUGUUUCUGGAUCAAAAGAAUCGGUCUUGGGAAAGUCUUCUAGGAGAGGAGGAAGGGGAUGGGGGCGAUGUCGAGGCGGGUGCUGCCCGCCUGCAGCAGCCUCUGCUACUUCUGCCCCUCGCUGCGGGCGCGAUCCCGCCAGCCCGUCAAGAGGUACAAGAAGAUCAUCUCCGAGAUCUACCAGUUGCCACCGGAUGGGGAACCGAAUGACAGAAGGAUUGGGAAACUCUGCGAUUAUGUCUCGAGAAAUCCAACGCGCAUACCAAAUAUCACAGAGUAUCUCGAGCAGAGAUGCUAUAAAGAACUGAGACACGAGAAUUUCACCUUAGUCAAAGUUGUACCGUGCAUCUAUAGGAAACUUCUGCGUUCAUGCAAGGAGCAUACACCAUUGCUGGCCACAAGCACAAUGUGUAUUGUUCGCACUCUUCUUGAUCAGAAAUCGAACGAUGAUUUGCAGGUCCUGGGUUGUCUGAUGCUUGUCGACUUUCUUAAUGGACAGGUUGACAGCACACAUAUGUUCAGUUUAGAAGGCCUGAUACCAAAGCUAUGCAGAAUUGGUCAAGAAUCAAGGGAAGAUGACAAAGGGCUCCGCCUUCGCUCUGCUGCACUCCAAGCUCUUGCUUGUAUGGUCGAAUACAUGGGUGAGCACUCACAUAUUUCAAUGGAACUCGAUGAAGUUGUCUCGGUGAUAAUAAGCUGUUAUGAGGCGAACCAAACUCUCUCAAUAAAAGAGGUUGUCAGACUGCAAGAUGAAGAUGAUUUGACAAUGUUGGCAGUAUCUGGGCAAAAUAGUGCCAAGUUGGCAUCUGACAUCAGGUCCGCAUCUGAAAAUCCAGCGCACUGGGCAAGGGUUUGCUUGCGUAACAUGGCCAAUAUUGCAAAGGAGGCAACAACAGUGAGGCGUAUUCUUGAUCCUCUAUUUCGCCUUUUUGAUAGCCACAAUUAUUGGUCUCCGGAAAAUGGUGUUGCCCUUUCUGUUCUACAAGAAAUGCAGACACUGAUGGACAAAUCAGGGCAAAAUGGCCACUUGCUGCUAUCUUUCACUAUAAAGCACAUCGAUCAUAAAAGUGUUGCCAAGAUGCCUAUCAACCAAAUCAGCAUUAUAAAAGUUGCUACUCAUCUCGCAAAACAUGCAAAGUCUCAGGCAUCGGUCACAGUAGCAAGUGCAAUCAGUGACUUAAUAAAGCAUUUGCGAAAAUGUAUGUACUGUGCUACUGAAGCAUCAAAUUCUCAAGCUGAUGUUGAUGAGUGGAACAGUGCCCUUUAUGUGGCCUUGGAGGAGUGCCUGGUGCAAUUGACAGAGAAGGUUGGGGAUGUUGGUCCUAUUAUUGACAUGGUCACUGUAAUGCUUGAGAAUCUGUCAUACACUGCCACCAUCGCCAGGACAACAGUGUCAUCUGUUUACCGCACGACACAAAUAGCAGCUUCUGUGUACAAGUCAUCUUACAAUCAGAAAGCAUUUCCUGAAGCUUUAUUUCAUCAGCUUCUCUUAGCUAUGAUGCACCCAGACAAUAAGACAAGGAUUGGUUCACAUCGUGUUCUAUCCACCAUUGUUGCACCUUCACUGAUAUGCCCAUGGUCAGCCAUAGGUUUUCCUAUCCCAAUGAAGGUCAAUGGUUCGCGGAGUGUACUUUUGUUGGCCCUAUCAGCAUUUUCUUCUGGGAACAUAAUGGAUGAACUGCAAACGGAAAGCACAAUCCAGGAAUCCUUGCAGAAAAAUGAGAAAUCAAAAGCUGUCGCAGGUAUUGAGAAUGGAUAUGCACAUACAGAACCAAACACAAGGCAGUCUUCAGGGAGUCCAUAUUUCAAUGAGUAUCGUCUUACCACAUCUAAAGAUGAAAACUUGAAGUUUAUGAGGUUGAACAACAACCAACUUAUUCUCCUUCUAUCAUCUAUUUGGAAUCAAGCAUCUCUGGAAGAUAGCUCACCUUUAACUUUUGAAGCAAUGGGCCAUACCUACAACAUUGCUUUAUUGUGUUCGAAGACAAAAACCUCCAGUCAUGUGGCACUAGUUCGAUGUUUCCAGUUAGCGUUCUCUCUCAGGAGAAUGUCUCUGAACCAAGAAAAUGUUCUGCAGCCAUCUCGGAGAAGGUGUUUGUAUACAAUGGCGUCAGCAAUGCUUAUUUUUUCUGCAAAAGUUGCUGAUAUUCCUCAGAUAAUUCAGCUUGUCAAAGCAGCAGUGCCAGAGAAAAUGGUUGACCCUCAUCUUUGCCUGGUUGAUGACUGCAGACUCGUUAUUACUUCUGCACAAUCUUGUAGUGAGAUGCUUUAUGGAUCUGAGGAAGACGAACGUGAUGCACAAGUUUUUCUUUCUGCUGUAAAUAAGGAUGACACGCGGUUAAAAGACAUUGUGAUAUCCCACUUCAAAGAGAAAUUUGAAAAUUUACCCGAGAAGUUUGAUGGUAUAGAAGAACAGCUUCUUCAAGAAUUCUCACUUGAUGAUUCAUUUCCUCUUGGUGCUCCACUAUUCAUGGAGACGCCACACUCUUGUUCAAUGUAUGCAGAAAAGGAUGGCCACUUUUUUGAUGAGGAAGUUAUUCCUUGUGAGAUGGAUGACGAUGAUGACAUCGUUUUCGAACAUAGUGGGUCGCAGUCAGACAGGAGAACAUCAGGAUCGAUGACUUCUUCAGAUGUUCUGAACGUGAAUCAACUGAUGGAAUCUGUUCACGAGACAGCAAGGCAAGUUGCUAACGUUCCAGUCUCCACCAAUCCUGUAUCAUAUGACCAAAUGAAGAGCCAAUGUGAGUCCCUCGUCAUGGAAAAGCAGCAGAAGAUGUCUGCUCUCUUGAGCUUCAAGCACUCAAGGACCGAUUCACGUAGCUCAACGGGGGAAACAAAUGAGUCAUCUUCCCGAUCCGAGCCAGAGUUGCAAUCAACAAGGAAGGACCACAUGCGGCGCAGCGAUUCAACAUCUAGCGAUGACCGGUCCUUCAGAUUGCCACCUGCAAGCCCAUACGACAAGUUCUUGAAGGCGGCUGGACGGUAGGUCGACACAAUGGGCUUAAAACCUGACAAAGUGGUUAUCGAAUCUGUAUACAGAAGUGUUUGCAAAUUAACAUGUCUUCCAUUCUUCUGUUUUGGUCCCUUUUUCUGGCUUCUAUUCUUUUGAGUGUACAAAUUUUCUGCAAGGUGUACAAAUUUCUGCUACGUCUGUAGAGUCCCAGAAUAAACAGAGUAGUGUUGAGUAUGUACUUGUAUACAACUUGACGGUCCUGAAGGAAAUGAUUACAUUGUAAAGUUUCUGUAUCUGUGUUACUGCAGAA